CCAUGUUUCCCGGAUUAUGCUAAGCACCUCAAUCUCAUCUGCCUCAUGAGAUUUGAACCAGGACAUCUGCACUUUUGUUCCCCAUGUCUCUUGCAUGUGCAGUCGACACCAGAACUUUCUUCCUAGGCAAACUGCCUGGAUCCGGCCCCUCUUUAGCGCCUUUCCUUAUCAGAAGAGGGCGGCUACUGUCACAAGCAGGGAAACCGACCGCCAACUGGAUACAUAUCAAACCACAUAGACACGAUCCGCUAAUGGUGGUGUAUGGAGCACUUGACUUACUUGCCGACCGAUAUUGAUCCAUAAUCUCUCCAAUUUGCGGACAACCUUCUCCGCUGAAUUACCCACAUUGAGUUAAGUCACGUCAGUCAGUACAGUAUUUCUCGCUGCGCCUGGACCCGAGGCUUGGAUGGCGUUACCCAAGAUUCCAUCCGACUCCCUGC